ACGCACGCACGCACGCACGCACGCAGUGAGUCAGUGGCUGCUGCAGAGUCACUUCCAAUAGGGGCUCGUUUGUUUGACGUCUCAUCCGAAGGACGGAGCACAAGGAGGUGAAGCGACUCGCUCAGGGUCACACACACACACGCACGCACGCACGCACGCACGCAGUGAGUCAGUGGCUGCUGCAGAGUCACUUCCAAUAGGGGCUCGUUUGUUUGACGUCUCAUCCGAAGGACGGAGCACAAGGAGGUGAAGCGACUCGCUCAGGGUCGCACGCACGCACGCACACACACACAGGGAGUCAGUGGCUGCUGCAGAGUCACUUCCAAUAGGGGCUCGUUUGUUUUGUGUCUAUAUGAAGGAUGUUAGUGACACACAGCAGCAGGCGGAGCUCUGGAAACGGCAGAAAUCAAGUGUUCUGAAGAUGGACUCUCCUCUGGUGAAUGAAGAGCCCCUCAGCGUCUCCGUUAAAGAGGAGGACAGUGAAUUGGGAUGUGAUAACGAAGCGCUCCUCAUCCAGAUGGAACAGGACUGUGUGUUUCCUGCUGUCAGUGUUAAAGAGGAGCCGUGUGAUGAUGACAUUGCGGAGGAACUCGCUGAUCUGGGGUGCGUGCGCGUGGUGGGGGAGGAAGAGGAGGAGGAGGAGGAGGAAUCUCUCCACGUGAACCCCGCGCUUUUCAACAAGGAAGGAGCCACGCCUCCAACCAGCGCUGACACACCGGACACAGAACAGGAGCGGAGAAGCAUCCCGAACUCCGUACACGACCCUUCUUCCCCGACCCCCAGACCGGUCCGGGACGGGGCGUCCCCGAAAAAGGUUCCCCCGGUUUUCCCUUGCGACGUCUGCGGGAAGAAAUUCGGCCAGUCGCGCGGGCUGAAGAUCCACCAGCGGGUUCACACUGGCGAGUGCCCGUACUGCUGCCCGGACUGCGGGCGGCAAUUCAGCCAGCUGGAGAACCUGAAGAGGCACCGGAGAGUCCACACGGGGGAGAAGCCCUUCUCCUGCCCGGACUGCGGCAAGUGCUUCCGGGAGUCGGGAUCGGCGAAGGUCCACCGCCGCACUCACACCGGAGAGCUCCCGUACCACUGCGCGACCUGCGGAAAAGGCUUCGGACAGAGCCAGCAGCUGAGGUCCCACGAGCGAAUCCACUCCGGAGAGAGGCCGUACCGCUGCCCGGACUGUGGGAAAACCUUCAAGAGCCCGGGGCACCUCCGCUCUCACCGGAAGGUCCACUCCGACCCGGGGGAGUCCCGGUUCUGCUGCCCCGAUUGCGGGAAAGCCUUCCGCCACUCGGGGAAUCUCCAGACCCACCGGAGGACUCACUCCGGGGAAAACCCGUACCUGUGCGCCGUCUGCGGGAAACGCUUCAACGCCUCGCAGAACCUGAAGCGACAUUCCCGGAGCCACACCGGGGAAACCCCGUACGGGUGCGGGGACUGCGGGAAGAGCUUCCGGGACUCGGGAUCCUUGAAGACCCAUCGGAGGAGUCACACUGGAGAAGCCCCGUACGGGUGUCCCGAUUGCCAGAAGAGUUUCAAAGACCCCGGGUCGCUGCGGAAACACAAGCGGGUGCACAGCGGGGAGACCCCGUACAGCUGCCCCGAGUGCGGGAAGAGUUUCAGAGAGUCGGGGUACCUCCGGAAACACGCCCGGGUUCACAGCGGAGAGACCCCGUAUCGCUGCACCGGCUGCCCCAAGAGCUUCAAGGAAUCCGGGGCUCUGAGGACGCAUCUCCGAAUCCACACGGGAGAGACCCCGUAUCGGUGCGUCGCCUGCGGGGAGAGCUUCGUCUAUAGCUACCAGCUGAGAGGACACGCCUGCCAGCCGUGAAGCAGGAAGCUGGCUGGACUCCGCCCGGCCCUGCCAGGGUUAUCCUCGCCCCGGCUGCUUUGAAAAACGAAUGGAAAAGUUUAGGAUCCUCUUGUAAAUUCACCCGCGGGAUCUAAGAAGCGGCGAGUUUUCGCUAAAAAUUUUUUAGGAGACUAAAAUUGCGUGGAGCGUCGCAGUUCCGGGUUCCUGCUGACUCAGAGCUCCUGUUAAACAGCGGAAGGGAUCAUGUCGCUCGGGCUGAUAAUCGGCCUUUGCUUCAGCCCGUGAAGACCUUCUCUGAAGCCGCGCUGCCCCAGGGCCCGCGGGUGCGUUCGAGUGAAGACGCUGAACCAUGCUGCAGGAGGUCUCCAGCGCCUGUCCUGGGAGUGCAGUUCUCUGCUCCUCCCCGGUCCGCGUUGUCCCGGCUCCUGCACGCUCUUCAUGGCUCGGCUGUGUUUCUGUGUUUUUCAGCCAAUAAAAGGUCCUGGAUCUCGGCUUCAGUGUGUGUGUGUGGUUCCUCUCUCUCAUUAUCAGUGACACUGUGUGUGUGUGUGUGUGUGUCUCCUCUCUCUCAUUAUCAGUGACACUGUGUGUGUGUGGCUCCUCUCUCUCAUUAUCAGUGACACUGUGUGUGUGUGUGGUUCCUCUCUCUCAUUAUCAGUGACACUGUGUGUGUGUGUGGCUCCUCUCUCUCAUUAUCAGUGACGCUGUGUGUGUGUGUGGCUCCUCUCUCUCAUUAUCAGUGACACUGUGUGUGUGUGUGGCUCCUCUCAUUAUCAGUGACACUGUGUGUGUGACUGUGUGUGUGUGUCUCCUCUCUCAUUAUCAGUGACACUGUGUGUGUGUGUGUGUGUGUGUCUCCUCUCUCUCAUUAUCAGUGACACUGUGUGUGUGUGGCUCCUCUCUCUCAUUAUCAGUGACACUGUGUGUGUGUGUGGCUCCUCUCUCUCAUUAUCAGUGACACUGUGUGUGUGUGGCUCCUCUCUCUCAUUAUCAGUGACACUGUGUGUGUGUCUCCUCUCAUUAUCAGUGACACUGUGUGUGUCUGUUUGUGUCAGUGUGUGUGUGUGAGAGUGUGUGUCUGCCAAAAAUAGUACAUCCUACAAAAAUCUAUGACCCGUCCGCAAAUGGUCAUAUCUGUAGAUUAUUUGGGGUUGGAUCUGUCCAAAGUCCUUCUCUAAUUCUCAGAAAGAAGCCGUUGUUUUCUUAUCAGUUUCUGUGGUUGGAAACCGCCAGGCCUUUGCAGAGAGCCAGCGAAACGGACAAAUCCUAACAUUCAGCCAAGCAGGCUUGAGAACGCAAUGGUGAGCACUGAGGAGAGUUUAAAUCGCUCUUCAUGCAGUGAUUAUGAGGACAAAUCUCAAACCCCAGGGCACUAGAGCAGACAUUUUGAACAGAACCUUGAAACAGAACUUUACAGGUGUCCCCUGCAUCACCGUUUCCAAUUCAAACUCGCUGCCACUGCGAUCCCGACUUUUUCUAAACAGAAAAGUCCUAGAUAGUCCUACACAGUAUUUUAUAUAGCGCCUUUCCUAGUGGACCGUCAUCACAAAGCAAUGCAACCAAUGAGGACAGGCAGAUAGCAACCAAUCACAGGGGAGACACUAAAUCAGCCCUCCUCCCAUGUGUAUGACGCCCUGGCCCCGGUCCGGCUGAAUCCUCUCCAAAUUUUGGCAAGGGUGGAUCAUCCACAGUUAGGACGCUCCUUUUAAUUAGUGGCAGUUGGUCCUGCAGGUUUUAAACGUUGAUAACCGUAUUUGCGUGGUGGCACACGAGUGAGAUAUCAUUAUAAUAAUAAUUUAUAAUAAUUUGGGGCAGCAGUGUGGAGUAGCGGUCAGGGCUCUGGACUCUUGACCGGAGGGUCGUGGGUUCAAUCCCAGGUGGGGGGACACUGCUGUUGUACCCUUGAGCAAGGUACUUUACCUAGAUUGCUCCAGUAAAAACCCAACUGUAUAAAUGGGUAAUUGUAUGUAAAAUAAUGUGAUAUCUGUAUAAUGUAAAAUAAUGUAUAAUGUGAUAUCUUGUAACAAUUGUAAGUCGCCCUGGAUAAAGGCGUCUGCUAAGAAAUAAAUAAUAAUAAUAAGCUUGACAACUGCGUUGAAGUU